CUUAUCAAAUACAAAUGUGACAGAUAGAUGUAAAAGGGCAAUUCCUAAACUCGUUUUAAACAUUAUUAGCCUUCGAGUUGACUCUGAGUUCUGUAAACUAAUCUCCAACAAUCCAUCAAUGGCGUCCAUCAACCGAUCACUACUCAUCGCUUUAAUCUCAAUCCACCUCACAACCACCGCCAUCGCCACCGAAAUCCACGAUCUCCUCCCGGAAUACGGCCUACCAAAGGGCAUCCUACCUAACGCCGUCGAUUCCUACAAUAUCUCCCCCACCGACGGCGCCUUCACCGUUCAGCUCAAACGUCCCUGCUACGUUAAAUUCGAAGAUCAGACUGUCUACUACAGCAAGAACAUCAAAGGCAAGUUGAGUUACGGAUCAGUCUCUGAUGUUUCCGGUAUUCAAGCCAAAGAACUGUUCUUGUGGCUAAGUGUUACGGGUAUGGAUAUGGAUUCGGGUUCUGAUAUGCUCGAGUUUCAUGUUGGGGCUUUGUCGAAGAAAUUGCCAGCUGAUAUGUUCCAGGAUGUUCCCGAUUGUAAGAGCAAAGCUUACGCAGAGGAUGACGAAUCCUACUCUCAAUCGAUUUAAAUCGAAAGGGAUUUUGAGCAAGAUUUCGAGUCAAACAAAUCUGUUCCAAAGUGUUUUAUGAUGUAACUAAGUUCCGCAUAGUAAAUAUUUUCCUUUUGAAUGUCUUAGUUUCUAUGUAAAUUCUCAAUUGGAUUAAUAAAAACUUCUAUUCCUUUUUUAUGUUUCUAA